AUGCCGGUGCAGGAGCUCUCGUAUUUGCUGGUGGCUCCAGAAGGCGCCGAGGAGCCGGCCAGCGCUGGCCCGGCGCCACCUGCGCCCGCUGUGUUGGUGGCGGGAGCGGCUCGCUACACCCACAGCCUGCUCCGCCAGACGCUGCAGCUCGUGGGCGCCAAGCCGCGCCAGAGCGACAAGGCCGCCCACAAGGUGUUCCUCAUCCUGCAGCAGCGCGCCGCGCUGCCGCCCAGUGAGCCGCUCAGCCUGGCAGGCCGCCUCCACACAGCGGCCGGCGGGCACGCUGGCGUCGCGCUCGCCCGACUCGAGUUUGACCGGCUUGUCAUGGACUGCCUGGCCGCCUCCGACCAGCAGCAGCCGCAGCCGCAGCAGCAGGUGCCACCAGUAGCGGAUUCGGCAGCCGCACCACUGCCGGUGCCCGCUGCUUCAGAUCCCGCGCUCCAGCAGCCACCUGCCGAUGGCGGCGUGCAACGGCAGCAUGAUGUGCUGCUGGGCGCCCCAGCCGGUGCCUCUGCCGCCGUAAUUGCCGCCACCGCGGCAGCAGCUGUCGGCGACUUUCGCAUCGCCUGCGCGCUUCGCGAGCAGCGCGCCUCGGUGGCGGUGCUGCUGUGCGGCACCAGCGGCACCGGCAAGUCGACUCUGGCGGCGCUGCUGGCGGCACGGCUGGGCAUCUCCACGGUUGUGUCCACCGACUCCAUCCGCCACAUGAUGCGCAGCUUCAGCAGCGAGGCAGAAGAUCCGCUGCUGUGGGCGUCCACCUACGAGGCCGGUUUACACUUGCAGGCGCCCGUCAAUGCGGCACAGGCACAGCAGCCGCGGCAGCCGCAAGCAGCGCCAGCGUCCUCCGCGCUGCCGACCCAUCAGCUACCCUACCACCAGCUGUUGACAAGCGGCAGCAGCACAGCUGACCCGCGCAAGGCCGCGAUUCGGGGGUAUAAGGCGCAGAGCGCUCGGGUGCUGGAGCACGUUGAUCGUCUGCUGGCGGGCUGCGAGGCGCGGCGGCAAUCGCUGGUGGUGGAAGGCGUGCACCUGAGCCUCAGCAUGGUUGUGCGCAUGAUGCAGCGGCACCCCAGCGUGGUCCCUUUCCUGGUCCAUAUUUCUAACGAGGCCAAGCAUAUGGAGCGGUUUGCUGUGCGGUCCAAGGUCAUGACGCUGCGCCCAGAUGGCAACCGGUAUGUCAAGUACUUCCGCAACAUCCGUGCCAUCCAGGACUACCUGGUGAAGAGUGCUGAAAAACAUGCCAUCCCCAAAGUGGACAACACAAAUGUGGAUCGCUCAGUGGCCACCAUCCACACCACUGUGCUGGGCUGCCUGCGCCGCACUGCACGGGGGGAGAGCAUGCUGAGCGGCUCCUCACUGAGCUGCAAGCUGCUGCUGGAAGAGUAUCUGCGCUGCCAGUCAGCCACCUGGAGCUCCAGCGAUAUGCUGGACCUGAUUCGCCGCAAGUCGGCAGCAGGCCAGCCCCCCAGCCCCUCGGAGGCCGCCUCCACCACCACACGGGAGACGUCGACGCCCCAUGCACCGCUGUCUGAUGCGCCGGCGGAUGAGCACUUGAGGCUGGUCGCCUCAGGGCGCGCGUCGUCCAUUGCGCUGGCGCGGCCGGGUGAUGCUUCCGGCAAGCCAGAGGUUGCGCAUCACGACUAUGAAGGAGACAACCGCAGCUUUUAUGGCAGUGAGAGCCAGUCAAGCAGCGACGAGGGCGGCGGCAGCACAAGUUGCUCCUGCAGCAGCAGCAACAGCGAGUAUGGCGAGGAGGAGGAGGCAGAGGAGGUACCACAGCGACGUGCCAGAAGGCGCAAUGCCGGUGGCAGCAGCACCUGUGGCGAGCAGAUUGUUGCGGAUGGUGGCAGCGGUCAGCAGGCGGCGGCUGAUGUGAGUGCCAAUGGCGACGUGCUCAGCACGCUAGGACUGCCGCAACGGCGGCAGCGGCACCGGGACCGGCGGAAAUGGCAUGGAAGGGGCCGUGGCAGCGGCAACAGCAGCACCAUGGGUGAGAUCCCGGCAGGGCUGGUGCCUGAAAGCAUGCGGCGCCGCAGCGAGGUGGGUUCUGUGCUGGACUCGGAGCAGCAGAGCGAUACGGAGGAUGCCGAGUUAUCCACAGCUGUGCUGGCGGUGCAGGCCUGA